AUGGUUGUCGACAAGGAUAACGAGUUUCUUGAUUUCGCUCCCUUACUGGACCAGGAUUCUGUUCUGGAAGAUUCCAAUGAGGACGAGAAGCUGCCUCUGCCCCAGUUAUUAGCCAAGAUCAUUGCCCAGCGAGGGUCUUUUUUGGACAUUUCCGAGGACAAGUUGAAAGAGGAAAUCGAAAACGAGCAAUUGUCCAAAGAUGCGGCGUCCAAUCAAGGGGACGUCGAAAUGGAGGCCGAACCAUCAUUUACUCAGGAGCAGCUCAGGUCUUACGAGGACUUUAAGAAAGUUAAACAGGAAAUUGUCAACUCUGUUCACUCAGCUCUGAACGAGUCGUCUUUGUCUUUGGAUUUCGUUUCCCUUUUGAUUUCCUGUGUUCGUCCGGCAGCAGGAUCGUCAUCCAUGUCUCCUCAUUUGAAGCAACACAUCAAAAUUGGGUCACUGUCAAGCGACAAGGUUGACCCUCCAGAAGAUACUGAAAAAUUGCAACUCGACACCUCAAAAGUUGGCCGAGGCUGGAAGUUGGAAAGUUUGGAGCGCGCAGCAACAAACCUGAAGUCUUCUAGCUUGAGACUCAAAGAAGAGGUGGCAAAAGAGAAAAAUUUCUGGUCAGGCAUGGUGGAGGUGCUAAAAUCAAACGAGGUGAUCACAAGCAUGAACAUAAAAAAUUCCAAAGAGGUCUGUGUCAAAUACGGGUAUGGGGAUGCCGGAUCAACAUACUACGAUAAGGGAAUAGGGAUUCUGAAAAAGGACACAACCACCGGUAAUCUGUUUUUCGAGAACUCUGCUCCAGCUAAAGAAGAAAAACAAGAUAAAAUAGUCAACGUCCGGAUAUAUGAGAAAAAUGGAGAAAACGUCAACUUGAUUGGGGAGUCCAACGUUGAGCAGAGACUACACACUUUUAAAGAAAAAGAAGGCGUUAUAAACGAGAUCGCAAAGGCAAGAUUUUUUCUGUUUGAAGAAGAGCUGUUUUAUCAACUGCUCCGAGAAGCCGCAACUCUGAUAUCUCUCCAGGUAUCCGCAGAGGAAGAUAAGAUUGUGAUAGAUUUACACGAUGAGAUCAUAGAGAUCACACAGGUGGUGCCUGAAGAAGUCCAUGCUCCUGCAGACCUCCCAUCAAACGAGCGAGCAGAUCUUAUCCAGAUAUACUUACGCUUGAUGCUCUAUGCUGAGCACAAACGCAAUUUGGACCAGCGAAAAAUACCGCCUUUGGCGUUGGACACAGAAGCCCAGAGCGCACCCCAGACAUCACUCCUGUCACUAAUUCGCCCAAUUAUCGUUUACAAUCGCCACGAGCGCACGUUGAAAUCCGUGCGCGACGUUCUCGAAUCUAUUAUUCUAAACCACUUCGAGAAUGACAGAACAAAAACUAAAGAGCAUUUAGCAGAGCAUUUGAAAAUUAACAAGCAUUGCAACGAGUCAUCUGCACGCUCGAAAGAUCCCUUUGCGCGCAUCAGCACGCCCCCUGCCUCAAUUUUGGAACUCGCUACCACUUCGCUAAUUGUAAGAGUCAAGCUGACCUCGCUAUUUGCAUCUGCUUAUUCGGUGAUGAACCUCACAUUACAAAACCAGGCUGGUUCUACGGUCUUGGAUGUGACUCUCAACGAUGUCAGAGAGCUGGAGGACUGCUUGAAUUGGGCAAUACGCAACCACGAUUCCAUAUAA